AUGUCCACAUAUUCUUAUUCCUUAGUCUUUGAUGAUGUUUGUUACAAUAAAGAGUCUGAUGGAGACUAUGUUCAUAAUGAAGCGGACCGUAUGCCAGAUACUAGCGAACCAUCAUCAGGCAAAAACAGUUAUGAAUCUGUUAUCGAGACUACUAAUAAUAAGGAACAUUCUCUUAACCUUCAAUUGUAUUAUCCAUACAUACGUUCAGAUCAUAAAUUAAAAAGACUCCGAAAUCCUUUCCCAAUUUUUUCUAAUGAACUAAAUCAAUUUGAAGAUGGAAAGGAAUUGACAGUGAAGAAGCUCGAAAUAUUAAAACAUGAAAGAAAUGCUUUGAUAAUGGAACAACAAAGUAAAGCCUUGGAACUAAAUAAGCUUUACAAAGAAAGGAAAAUGGAUCUAAAAAAUAUUAUAAAUCAAAAUGCUAUGUUACGAGACCAAGUCGAAAAAAUACAUGGUAAAUUAUCCGGCAUUUUAAAUGAUCUCAUAGGUGAAGAAAGAGAGACCGGCCAAUUGAACCCUCUAACGGUUGGUCCAUUUUUAUUAAAGUUGGCAAGUAAAUCUGCUGGUCAAGAGAUCUAA